AUGCGAUUCAAGACCGAACUCAAAAACAUUCGUACAUUCUCCAAGCUUACCGCCGCUCUUAACUCGCUUGAGAAGAUCGCUUGGGUUCGCCUUGAUGAUGAAACGGCGCGCUUCACCGUCAUCCCCGAUACGGGGUCCCAGGUCUGGUCUUCACUGCCGAUGGACUUCAUCUUCGACAGUUAUCACAUCCAGUCUGCAGAGGAGCACAACACCAUCAACCUAGAGCUGCCCCUGCAACCGCUCCAGCGCGCCCUCCGCUCCGCACUCAACAGCACCUCGGCCUCUCUGCGUCUUACCAAGAAGGAUGGGAUCCCCGUGCUCUCCAUGACCAUCACAACGACGACCAACGCCUCCGCAGGCUCCGGGCUGCCGGGCCGCGGCAACGCCGCUUACGUUGGCCUCGAGAACGAUCCCUUCGACGACGAUGACCAGGGCUUCACCGCGGAGCACCUGGAGACUUCCCUGCGCCGCGAGCGCGAGAAGAUUAUCACCCAGGAUAUUCCUGUGCGUGUACUGCACCCAGAGACGGUGGAGACCAUCAUGCAGCCCACGGUGCGCGAGACGGACGUGCACAUCACGAUGCCGCCCCUGCUCCAGCUAAAGGCCAUUUCCGACCGCUUUACCAAGCUCGCGCUGUCGUCCGGCACGAACUCCCGCAUGAGUCCCAAACUGGAGCUCAGCGCGAACAUGUUUGGAAACCUGAAGCUCCGUAUCGCUACGGAGGCUGUCGACGUCUCGAGCACAUGGUCAGGGCUGGUGAACCCAGAGCUGGAUCCGACGCAGCUGGAGAUGCCGGUCGAGGAGCAUCCGAGCGUGAAGUUCAAGGAGGCAGGACCGGACAAGUGGGCAACAGUAAGGGUCGACGGUAAAGACUGGAGCCGAGUGCUGAGCGUGGGGAGAUUAGAAGGGAGAGUUGUCGCGGCUUUUGCUGAUGACCACGCCUUGAUUCUAUAUGUUUAUGUGCCCCAGUACGAUGACGCGUCGGCAGAUGAUGCCGUUCUUACUGUAGGACUGCAACCAACACCGAUUCUGGAGAACAUGCUAACGACCAACAGUAUUAUGUGA